AUGGCAGGUUCCGGUACGUACAGUCACCCAGAGAGCCAUGAAUUUGGCGCGGCGGGUGCUGGCUCGUACCACUUUCCCCAACAGUCCUUCAAUCCAUACGGAAAUCAAUUUGGCCCGUAUGGGCAGCAGUCGACCCUGUCUCCAGGCAUGCAGCAUCUACCGUAUGCUCCAGAUCAUACCAUUCCUUCAAUGUCCACGCCUGAAGAUAUGAGACUUCACCAUCCACCCCCGCAGUAUAUGGCUCCAUCUCGUUAUCUACACUCGCCGAGGUAUCUGCCACUACGCGACGCUCUUAGUGAAACGGAUAUUGAAAGUCAAGAAUCCCGGAACGAGGGGACCAUGUUAUCAGAGGCCGUGGUACCAGCCCUAGAUGGAUUUCCAGAUGUGAAAGAAUUCGACCAACUUAUGCAAAGCUACGUGGACGACUUGUCGGUGAAGAAGCAGGAUAAGGCAUUGAUUCACGCCAAAAGAGCGCGGAAUAUUCGGACGGUGUUAAUUGACCCAAAAGACACUGCGGUCGAAUCUGCCCAAUUCCGAUUCUGGGUUAAGAAGAUGUUCAAGCUUCAGGCCGUCGGCAUCGGAACGGCAAAUUGCCGGAAGAUGAUCUGUCACGAGGGAAAGCCAGUGGCAAUCCGCGAGAAGCUGUUCAAAAUCCUCACCAAGGCACAUCAGCAAUGCCAGCAUGGAGGCCGCGACAAGACCUCUGCGCAAGUCCGCCGCAUUUAUUCAUGGUGGGUACAGUCCAUGUAUCAUUUGGCACCGUCAUUGGAGAGCCUGGCCGCUAACCACCCUAUUCUUUUCCCUGCCAGGGUUCCGAAGGAAUUGAUCUCUCGUUUCGUCAAGAUCUGCCCAACCUGUCAGGUUCGGCGUGGAGGAUCGCGACUGACGCCGCCGAAUUCCCGCCGAGGCUCUCCUCGGCUCGAGAUGCUGCCUCGAUCACCCAAGCUCCCAUCACCUCCAAUCUCCCGGCGCGAAUCAACAUUUGGAGCACAGAUCGCCCCCGACCGGGCACAGUCAGACUACUUUGGCCAAUUUCAUGGUCACAGCGGAUGGAUUGACAGCCAUCAGAAUUUGCAGGGUCGGCCUACCUUGAAUUCGGGGGUCAGGUCCUUCCCCGGGCCAAUGAGUAAUCUCUCACACUCAAUCGCCGGGACAAUGGACCCUUUCUCGGCCGACCUGUCAGUGCCACCAUCUCAGUUAAGCUACACGACGGGGUAUGUCCCGACUCAUGGAACUCCGACCCAACGGGAUUUCUAG